CGUAACGGCCGAAACGUUACGUUCAUCGCGAUAACACUGCCAAAUCUUCAAACCGUCUGAGGAAGGGAAAUUCACAGGUGAUGGUCGACGACAAGUCGGCGAGCUUGAUGGCGAGCAGAGACAGAGAUCGCGAGCUUCUCAUCACCGUUGCCGAGCGACCAGUGGAAUCCGAAGACGAUCACGAUGGCAAGGCUUCCUCGUCCGCCGCUGCCGCCUCUUCCUCCUCGGCCUCCGCCGACGUCCCUAGCUCAAGUAGAAAGGCAUUUUAUAAAGUAAUCCGAAGUUGGGCCUCAAAGAAGUUCAUUACUGGAUGUGUCAUCCUGUUUCCUAUUGCAAUCACCUUCUACAUCACCUGGUGGUUUAUUCAUUUUGUUGAUGGCUUUUUUUCACCAAUCUAUGCUCAACUCGGGAUUAACAUAUUCGGGCUUGGUUUUGUGACUUCAAUAACAUUCAUCUUCCUUGUUGGACUAUUCAUGUCAUCAUGGUUGGGGGCAUCUGUCCUCAGCUUGGGAGAGUGGUUUAUCAAGCGCAUGCCAUUCAUUCGACAUAUUUAUAAUGCCUCAAAGCAAAUUAGUUCUGCUGUAUCACCUGACCAGAAUAAGCAAGCCUUUAAGGAAGUGGUCAUUAUUAGGCAUCCUCGAGUUGGUGAACAUGCCUUUGGAUUUAUCACUUCAACGGUUCUUCUUCAGACUUACAAUGGCGAAGAGGAAUUGUAUUGUGUCUAUGUUCCAACAAACCAUUUGUACAUCGGUGACGUUUUUCUAGUCAAUUCGAAAGAUGUCAUACGACCAAAUCUCUCAGUGAGCGAAGGAAUUGAGAUUGUGGUAUCUGGUGGCAUGUCAAUGCCGCAAAUACUCACGACACUUGAUGAAAGCUCGGUACCCUGAUGGAAGUAGAGCUAGCAGCUGCCACACUGAAGCCUGUCUUCAAGGUACAUCACUGAUCAUCCCUAGUAAGACUCUUCGAUGACAGAGUUCUGGUUCUUUUGGUAGAAGAGGGGACCCAUGGAUGCCGGCGAUGGACCGCCGCCCCUUAAACCUGCCCCCAUGCGCCGCCUCCGGUCAUAGUAAGAUAAAUUUGUUAUUGAUUACGAAUUUUUAAAUUAUUUCUUUUUGUGAAAUAAAUAAAUAACUUUUAUAAAAUCAAACUAAUUAUCAGCAAAUCAACUGCUGAAAAAAAAAUCGAAC